CUUCUCCGCUCCUUCCUUUCGCGCCGGGUAACCGGAGAGCUGUGCGUCCAUGUGCGCAGUGACUGGGAAUUGACGGACAUCUAAAAAACUAAAUCCGAGUCGUAAGCAGAGUUGUCGUUAUGGAUGCUGGGGCUUUGGUCGAGGCUCUUCGGGGCACUAUGGACCCCAAUCUGCGUGAGGCCGCGGAGAGGCGGCUGAACGAGGCCAGGUUAACCCAGGUUAACUUUGUGUCUGCUCUGCUGCAAGUCACCAUGUCUGAGCAACUGGAUUUGGAUGUAAGACAAGCAGGCGUAAUUUACCUUAAGAACAUGAUCACUCAACACUGGAGUGAUGGUGAUGACUCGGGCACAGACACGCCGGCCAACACCAUUCCUGAGGUGGACAGGGACUUUAUCCGAGCAAACAUUGUAGAAGCCAUCAUCCAGUCUCCUGAGCGCAUCAGAGUCCAGUUGACAACGUGUAUUCACCAUAUGAUCAAGACCGAUUAUCCCGUCAAGUGGAGGUCCUUUGUGGACAAAAUUGCUUUCUAUCUGCAAUCGGAUAACAGUGGAACCUGGUUUGGAAUCUUGCUUUGUCUUUACCAGCUUGUCAAAAACUAUGAAUACAAAAAACCAGAGGAGCGUCAGCCUUUGAUUGGUGCCAUGGAUGUCUUCAUGCCCAUGCUCAAAAACAACUUCAUCAGGCUUCUCCCAAACCCCUCCAGUGAGUCAGUCCUGAUUCAGAAACAAAUCCUCAAAAUCCUCUACGCCCUCUUCCAGUACAACCUUCCCCUUGAGCUAAUCAAGAGACAUAAUCUAACAGAAUGGAUGGGAAUCUUCAGGACAAUAGUGGACAGAGACGUUCCUCCAGAGACCAUGCAGACUGAUGAGGACGAGCGCCCCGAGCUGCCGUGGUGGAAGUGUAAGAAGUGGGCCCUUCACAUCUUGGCCCGACUGUUUGAAAGGUAUGGCAGUCCUGGCAACACAACCAAAGAGUACACAGAAUUUGCAGAUUUUUUCCUCAAAGAGUAUGCAGUUGCAGCACAGCAGGUACUCCUUAAAGUCUUAUACCAGUAUAAGACAUCACAAUAUGUUGCUCCUCGAGUACUCCAGCAGACGCUCAACUUUAUCAACCAGGGCAUUGCACACGCACUGACGUGGAAGAAUCUCAAGCCACACAUUCAGGUUAUUAUUCAGGAUGUGGUUUUCCCCCUCAUGUGUUAUACAGACAGUGAUGAAGAGUUAUGGCAGGAAGAUCCCUAUGAGUAUAUUCGUAUGAAAUUUGAUGUUUUUGAGGACUUCAUUUCCCCCACAACAGCAGCACAAACACUACUUUUUACUGCUUGUAUGAAGAGGAAAGAGGUGCUACAAAAGACCAUGGGCUUCUGCUACCAAAUUCUUACAGACGCAGCAUCAGACCCCAGAAAAAAGGAUGGAGCCCUCCACAUGAUUGGAUCAUUGGCUGAGAUUCUACUCAAGAAAAAAAUUUACAAGGACCAAAUGGAGUUCAUGCUGCAGAAUCACGUCUUCCCCCUUUUCCGCAGUGAACUGGGAUACAUGAGGGCUAGAGCAUGCUGGGUACUGCAUUACUUCUGUGAGGUGAAGUUCAAAAGUGACCAGAACCUGCAAACUGCUCUUGAGCUCACUCGACUUUGCCUGAUAAAUGACAAUGAGAUGCCAGUGAAGGUAGAGGCUGCUAUUGCUUUGCAGGUUCUCAUCAGCAAUCAAGAAAAAGCCAAAGAAUAUAUUACUCCGUUCAUCAGGCCUGUGAUGCAGGCACUCCUGCACAUUGUCAGGGAGACUGAGAACGAUGACCUCACUAACGUCAUACAGAAGAUGAUUUGUGAAUACAGUGAAGAAGUUACACCCAUAGCAGUGGAAAUGACACAACAUCUGGCAAUGACAUUCAACCAAGUGAUUCAGACGGGGCCUGAUGAGGAGGGAGGAGAUGACAAGGCAGUGACAGCCAUGGGCAUCCUCAACACCAUAGACACGUUGUUAAGUGUUGUGGAGGACCACAAAGAGAUCACUGAGCAGUUGGAAGGUAUUUGUCUGCAGGUUAUUGGAACUGUGCUCCAACAGCAUGUACUUGAGUUUUAUGAAGAGAUCUUGUCCCUAGCUCACAGCCUGACAUGCCAGCAGGUGUCACCACAAAUGUGGCAGCUGCUUCCACUUGUCUAUGAAGUCUUCCAGCAGGAUGGGUUUGAUUAUUUCACAGAUAUGAUGCCACUGCUUCACAACUAUGUCACAGUAGACACCAAUACACUGCUCUCUGAUACCAAAUACCUGGAGAUUAUCUUUAGCAUGUGUAAAAAGAUUCUAACAGGGGACCCCGGUGAGGACCCAGAAUGCCAUGCUGCUAAACUAUUGGAAGUUAUUAUUCUUCAGUGCAAGGGUCGUGGAAUUGACCAGGUGGUGCCCCUGUUUGUGACUCUUGCACUGGAGCGUUUGACGAGGGAGGUGAAGACCAGUGAGCUGAGGACCAUGUGUCUGCAGGUCGCCAUAGCGGCACUUUACUACAACCCUCAUCUUCUCCUCAACACUCUGGAGAACCUCCGCUUCCCCAACAACACUGAGCCUAUCACUAACCACUUCAUAUCACAGUGGCUCAAAGACAUUGACUGCUUCCUUGGACUUCAUGACAGAAAAAUGGCAAUUCUGGGUCUCUGUGCCUUGAUGGAGCUUGAGCACAGGCCUCAGGCAGUCAACCAAGUGGCCGGUCAGCUCCUGCCCGCUGCUAUCAUGCUCUUCAGCGGCCUCAAAAGGGCGUAUGCCUGUCGGGCUGAGCAUGAGAAUGAUGAAGAUGAUGAUGAAGAUGGGGAAGAAGACGACGAAACUGCUGAACUUAACAGUGAUGAGGACGAUAUUGAUGAAGAGGGGCAGGAGUAUCUGGAGAUGUUGGCAAAGCAGGCAGGAGAGGAUGGAGAUGAUGAAGACUGGGAGGAAGAUGAUGCAGAGGAGACUGCACUCGAGGGAUACACUACUUCAGUAGAUGAUGAAGACAAUUUUGUAGACGAGUAUCAAAUCUUCAAAGCCAUAUUACAACACAUUGAGGUCCAUGACCCGGCGUGGUACCAGGCGCUGACACAAGCACUGGAUGAGGAGCAGGGCAAACAGCUUCAGGACAUUGGCACACUUGCAGACCAGAGACGGGCAGCACAUGAAUCCAAAAUGAUUGAGAAACACGGAGGAUACAAGUUCACAGCACCUGUGGUACCACCAACUUUCAACUUUGGGGGCGCUGCUCCGGGAAUGAAUUGAGUCCUCCAUUCUACUUUUUAUUACUCUGUGACUGAUUGUAGUGAAGUGAAAAAGCUUGUGUUGUUCCCUUAAGUAGGGGUUCCAGAACAGGUUCUUCUCAGUCAUUCUUCAAACUGUUAUUGGAAAUCCACCAGAAGACUUGGGAAAGCAACCAAAAUGUAACCAGUGGCUGAGGCAAAUAAACCAACUUAAACUUGAGCACGAUGCAAGAGAAGAAGCUCUGAACAACUUUGUCUUUUGGAGUCCAGUGGAGGGGAGGCCUUGAUGGCAACUCUUCCCCACUCAAACAAAAUUGGGGGUUAAUAGCAACACAUUAGAUUAUGGGACAAAAUCCAUUAUCACUGAGGCCAAGAGGCCAUGUUAUACCUCUGGUUGUGGCGAUAACAUUUAUUUCCUGCAUAAACAAACAGGUUUAUGUACAUAGAAGCCAAGGUUAUUGAUUUUUGUUAUUGUUUUUUUUUUUUUCAAGUAGCCUUGAAAAUGACCUAAGGCGUUUGUAAGGUGUCAACAGCUGUAUUCAUAUGUAGCAUAUUGGAUACUUCAUAGCACUAUGUGAUGCCUGAGCUCUGUAAAUUAAUAACUAGCACUUUCAUAUUGUUCAGGUCUCCUAGCCUUCUGUAUUGGACUGCAAAUUUUUUAAUUGAGAACUAUUUAAACUGAACCGCUGUAACUUUGUUACUUGGAAGUGACUUCAGUAAUGGCUGGUUGUCAUUGUUACAGAGAGGAUUGUGGGAAAACUUGUAAACGACAAAUUCAGGUAAAAGAGAA